UGAUUUUGAUGGUGAAAAUACAUAGUAGAGUUAGUUCAAUCCAUCUAUAAAAGGAGGAGAAGAAGAAAGGAGGUGGCAGGAAUUGUUUGAGUGAGUUUCUUCUUACAAACAGCUUAUUAAAUUAAUUGAGAGAGAAAUAUAGAUGGAUAGUGUGGUAAGCACAGUGAUGGUGGUGUUGGCAAUGGCAAUGGCAUUGGCAUGCAGCCUCAUGCAAAUGCAUGCAAGAAGAAGAAAAUCGAACUACAAGCUUCCACCGGGACCCUCCCUAGUGAGCAUAAUCAGAAACUCGUUGGAACUGUACAAGAAGCCACAGCAGACAAUGGCGAAGCUAGCCAAGGUGUACGGCCCAAUAAUGCGUUUCAAGAUAGGCCAAUCAACGACAGUAAUAAUCUCUUCCACAGACGCAGCCAAAGAGAUUCUCCAAACCCACGACACGUUAUUCUCGGACAGAACAAACCCCGACAUCACCACAGCCUACAACCACAACCAUUACAGCUUGGUCUUUCUCCCCGUUUCACCCCUCUGGCAAGAACUCAGAAAAAUCUGCCACGGAAACUUGUUUUCCACCAAAACCCUCGACGCUAGCCAAGACCUUAGACGCAAGAAACUGCAGGAACUCCUGGCUGAUAUCCGCCAUAGCAGCCUCAAUGAAGAAACUGUGGACGUUGGAAGAGCAGCUUUCAUGGCCUGCAUUAACUUUCUGUCUUACGCCUUUGUCUCUCAGGAUUUUGUUCCCUCUGUAGGUGAUGGCGAGUACAAGCACAUAGUGGGGACUCUCUUGAAAGCAACUGGUACACCAAACUUGGUGGAUUACUUCCCCAUGUUGAGGAUUUUCGAUCCACAAGGCAUCAGAAGGCACACCACCAAUUACAUUGACAAGCUGUUCGACGUGUUGGAACCCUUAAUUGACCAACGCAUGAAGAUGAGGCGAGAGAAGAAGGAUUAUGUCACAAACCACGACAUGUUAGAUAUCUUGUUGGAAGUUUCUGAAAGGAGCAGCGACAAGAUACAUAAGAAGCAGAUCAAACAUUUGUUCCUUGAUCUUUUGGUUGCGGGAACUGACACAACAGCGUAUGGAUUAGAAAGGACAAUGAGUGAACUGAUGCACAACCCUGAGGCGAUGUCAAAGGUGAAAAAGGAGUUAGCAGAAACCAUUGGAGUAGGCAAAGCUGUUGAGGAAUCGGACGUGGCAAGGCUUCCUUACUUACAAGCAGUGAUCAAAGAGAGUUUACGUAUGCACCCACCAGCACCACUGUUACUGCCACGUAGAGCCAAGAGAGACGUUCAAGUGUGUGGAUACACCGUCCCAAAGGGUGCCCAAGUCCUGAUCAACGAGUGGGCCAUUGGUAGGAACCCACAGGUAUGGGAUAACGCUCAUGUUUUCUCCCCAGAAAGAUUUUUAGACUCUGAUAUUGACGUCAAGGGUCGACAUUUUAAGCUCACACCAUUUGGCAGUGGAAGACGCAUAUGCCCUGGCUCUCCUCUUGCGCUCAGAAUGUUGCAUCUCAUGUUGGGUUCUUUGAUCAACUGUUUUGACUGGAAACUCCAAAACAACAUGGAUCCUAAGGAUAUGGAUUUGGAUCUCUCCCUCACAGCUCUUCCUGUUAUCGUAAACACCAACUAAUUCAUUACUUAUACCUCGCUCUAUAACAACAUAAAUAAUAAGCACCCUUUCAGUUCAAUGCAGAAACCCUAGGAUUUUAUGUAUUUCUGUAACGUUCUUCUACUUUCAUUUUAUUUUCUAUCCAUAUGUAAAAUAGUGCCGGCUUGAAAAAACUCAAUAUUGCUCUCUAAAUUUUUUC